AGCUGAAAUCGCUCGUUUCAUUGUCUUGUGCAAAGCAUGUCGCUUAUACCUAUGAAGCACUUUGACGUAUCGGAUUCUCGACUCGUGGAACGGGCCACUUGUCCUGUGCACUGUAGUCGUGCUUUUUGGCAAGCACCGUUGAGAAGCAGAACAGCGUCUUCGAAUUUUGUUAAGGCAACAGCAAUGGCUACAGUUGGCUCGUCUCUUCCGACGGCGUUGUGCGGUCGGCCAAUCUUUCUUCAGGCAAACUUCGUUCCAGGACCCCUAGCUACUUACCAGGGAAGCGCUCAGAUAACGGGUCUGUUAAAGGAAGCCAGUCAGGACUACUUUCUGGCUGCUAACGACAUCACCGUUGACAGCGGAGUAUGUUGUGUAGGGCCAGCAGGCGCAGCGAACUGCGAUGCAUUCCGACUGUCUUCCACAAAUAACGGACCUAGCAGCGACGUCGCCAGCGUUGCUGGGUGCAGUAGGCCGUGUAGAAGUACCGGCAUCGUCUCUAGUCCUGCUGCAACGGGAACCCCUUCCAUCGUCGUGACGGGCGUCUUUGAUGGCCAUGGCGGCCACACCUCAGCCCGCUACGCGCAGGAGGCCAUCCUGUCGCACAUCGUGAACGACAAGCAGCUGCACCGCUCGCUAGGCUCGGGAGAUGAGCAGGCCACGUGUGCGGCGCUGAAGGCGGCAUUCCGCAAGGUGGAUGGCGACCUGCUCGCACUGGCAGCAGCCCCGGACACCUCCUCCCACCCCUCCUCCUCGCCCGCCUCCUCCUCGCCCGCCUCCUCGCAACAUACAUCCUCGUCCCCCUCUUCCUCCUGCUCCUCGCCACACGCCUCCUCGCCCUCCUCGUCACCCCCGCUGUCGUCUGCCUCCUCCUCCUCGGCCUCCCAUCACCACCCUCCCACCGCCUCCUCCCCACCUCCGUCGCCCUCCACCUCGCCCCACCCAGCAGCACCCUCUUGCUCCACCCCUACUCCCCCCCAACACCACCACACCCGCCACGCCCCCACCCCCCACCCCCACCACUCCUCUCGGCAUCAUCAUGCCUCCUCCUGCACCUCCUCCUCCUCCAUAUCCCGCUCUCCCUCAUCGUCUCCCUUGUCUUCCUGCUGCGGAGCGCCCUCCUCCCCCUCCCCCACCUCCUCCCCCUGCUCCCCCUGCUCCGCCCCCCACGACGGCACCACUGCCCUAGUGACGGUGCAGCUGGGCGGGCUGCUGGCGGUGGCCAACGCGGGCGACAGCCGGGCGGUGCUGUGCAGGGGCGGCCAGGCGCUGCGUCUGUCCCGGGACCACACGCCCGCCUGCCGCUCGGAGCGGGAGCGGGUGGAGGCUGCGGGGGGGCAGGUGGUGGUGGCGCGGGGGGCGCCGAGGGUGGUGGUGCCGCUGCCGGGGAGCAGGGACGUGAUGCAGGCGCUGUCCGUGACUCGUUCCCUGGGCGAUCCCGACUUCAAGGCUACCGGCCUGGUCAUCUGCGAGCCCGACGUGGCGCUGGUGCCGCUGCAGCCGGGUGCCGACUCCUUCCUCAUCGCCGCCAGCGACGGGCUGUGGGGGCGGGUGGGCGACCAACAGGCGGUGGACUGCGUGGCGGGGGUGCUGGCGGAGUUCGCCUCCAUGUCCUCCUCGCACCGCCCCUCCGCCGCCAAGGAGGCGGCUCGGCGGCUGCUGCGACUGGCUCUGGACUGCGGUAGUGUGGACGACGUGACGGUGGUGGUCAGCGUGUUCGCGUGGGAGGGGGGGCAGGGGGCAGCAGGGGCGGAGGGAGCAGCAGCAGGGGCGGCAGGAGCGGCGGCGGGGGCGGCGGCGCAGGCAGGGGUUCGGUAGGUAGACGGGCGGUGCAGGAGGCCAGGAGCGGCGGGCAGGGCGGGGUUGGUGUUGCUGCGUGCGGGAGGCGGGAAAUGCGGCGGACAGGGGGAACAUCAGCAGCAGGAUGCUCAGUCCAGCCCCGCGGGAGGAUGCACAGUCAGGGCCUGCGGAGUGAUUGCCACAUUGCUCUGUCACAUGCACACGUUGCAUGGAGGCAGGGUGGCUGGGAGGGGACAUAGGAACUAGGCGAUUGCAGUUAGGAAGAAAUGAGGGACACCGCAGCUUCCACAGGGCCGGUAGUGACUUGGUUUGGAGAUAGUGCUUGGUUCCCAAGGGAGAGGAAGGAUGCCGGCGGCGUCGUGUGGACGUGUGACAAGGUGGAUAGGGUUGAAGAUUUACAAUGAAGAGGGUAACAAGAAGAAGUGAGGGGGCAUGAUGAGGAGGUUUGCCGUACCAAUUUUCCGGCCCGCACCAAUUUUCUCAAAUAAGCCAACUGCUAAGGAGGCUUGCCUAAUAAGGCACUGGGCUGUUAUUGGCGCUCUGUGCAGACGUGUCUACGUUUGUGCGUAUACCUCCGCGGAUAUAUUCUGAACCCUAAUUAUUCGCGGGUUGUAUGCAUGUAUAUGGUGCCUAUGGUUGGUGUAAGGUGUUGUACGGCAUAUGGUUGUACGGAGGAGCUGUACCGCGCACGCAUUUUUAGAAAGCAAUGAAGUUCAAGAAGUCGCGAUUCGGAAAUGGAGGAUGCAGCAAACAUGCAGUCUCUGUUUGCAAUGUUGGUGGAAUAAGCCGCAAUCACGCAUAUGAAUUUGAGGUGCAUGCGCAUGGCAAUAUGCACAUGCUCAUAAACGGCGGCCUCAUUGUGACAAGGAGGUUGGGUGCCUCGGUGCUUUUGCUCGGUGUGCUUGUAAGGAAGAUGGUAUAUGGAGGAUUAGAUACGAAUAGGACCAGGGCGGUGCUGGCAGUGGCAGUGGCGGUCUGCUGGUUCCAACCCGUUGUUGUUGCUGGCUCUUGUUGGAGUACGGUAAUGCGGUUGGAGGUUUGGAGGUGCUGUAUCGAAUGUUUGCGGGGAAAGCGUGAACAUAUGUUAAGGAAACUUGACAUGCGUGGACGUGUGUUUGAGGGAGGUGAUGUUGCUGCUGGUUUUGUACAGC